UUUCUCUGCUUUUAUUUGUGCUGUGAAGCUCAGCAUUUUCCUAUUCAAGGUUCGACCUGCCCAAGAUAUCCAACUAAAGGUUUCUCUUCAUAAAGAAGAAAAUCAUUGUCUAUUUAGCCAGAAGAGAAAAAGGUCAUGAAUCAGAUUCGAUCCCAUUCUGUACAACUGAAUGAUGGACACUCCAUACCCAUAUUGGGAAUUGGCACCUCCACCCCUAAUCAGGUUCCUAAGUCUAAAGUAGAAAAGGCCAUCGAGUUGGCCAUUGAUGUAGGCUACCGCCAUAUUGACUCAGCUUAUCUCUACCUAAAUGAAGAAGAGAUUGGACGGGCCAUCCAGAAGAAAAUCAACAGUGGCACUGUGAUGAGAGAUGACAUAUUCUACACUUCAAAGGUGCUGUUCCCUCUAGAUCUGUGGGAAGCUCAUGCUAAGCUGAAUAAGCUGCUGUGGAGCACCUUUCUCCGCCCAGAAUUGGUCCAAACAGCCCUGGAAAUGUCACUGAAGAAACUUCAGCUGAGCUAUGUGGAUCUUUAUAUUAUUCAUUUCCCAACAGCUUUUAAGCCUGGGGAGGAUCUUUACCCAAAGGACAAGCAGGGAAAAAUCAUUUCUGACACAGUAGAUCUCUGCACCACAUGGGAGGCCCUGGAGAAGUGUAAGGAUGCGGGAUUGACCAAGUCCAUCGGCGUGUCCAACUUUAACCACAAGCAGCUGGAGAAGAUCCUGAACAAGCCAGGGCUCAAGUACAAGCCCGUCUGCAACCAGGUGGAAUGUCACCCUUACCUCAACCAGAGCAAAAUGCUAGAGUUCUGCAAGUCAAAGGACAUUGUCUUGGUUGCGUAUGCUGCACUGGGGUCCGACCCAGGCAAGGACUGGAUAAACAAGAACAAUCCAGCUCUCCUGGAGGAUCCAGUACUCAAAGCCAUUGCUGAAAAGCACGGGAGAACUCCAGCCCAGGUGGCCCUGCGCUACCAGUUGCAGCGGGGGGUGGUGGUCCUGGCCAAGAGUUUUAAUGAGAAGAGGAUCAAAGAGAACUUCCAGGUUUUUGAUUUCCAGUUGACGCUAGAGGACAUGGAAACCCUAGAUGGCCUAAAUAGAAACAUGCGCUAUUUUGAAGCACAUGAAUUUUCUCAUCACCCAAAUUAUCCAUUCCUUGAUGGAUAUUAACAACAGUGUCUGUGAUUACUCCAGAAUUCUUUGAUUUUUUUUUUCUGAUGAUUAGAGAACAUCUCAAGAAUGAGAAGGUAUUUGAUUUAUUCCAUGUUGCUUAGCCUGCUGUGUCACAACUUGGACCAAGUCACAUGAUCAGGAAAUAAAAAUCUCAAAACUCAGUCUUUUUUCUAAGAAAAUAAAGAUAAAUUUUAAAGAACAUAAACUAUUGAAAUUAUGGCAUUUGCUUUUUUAUUUUUUCUGUAUCUCACUAAUGAGGUGAAAUGCUGGCAUCCCUGGAAAUGAUCACAGGGAAUAUAAGUCUCUCAGAAAAUGCAAUCAUUUAG